AUGGACCUGCUGCUGCUGCUGCUGCUGAUCUCAGGGCUCCAGGCUGAAGGACCAUGCAACACCACAGAGUCCGUCAGGUUGGUGGGCGGAGUCAGUCGCUGCGCAGGGACGCUGGAGCUGAGGCGUGACGGCCAGUGGAGGGCGGUGGGGGACCCUCACUGGACCCUCACCAAGGUCUCGGCGGCCUGUGAGGAGCUGGACUGUGGCUCGGCCGUGUCCGUCAGCUGGAACCUGAAGUCCUUAGAACAGUCCGUCUGGGUCCUGAACCCCGCCUGCGUCCAGAACGGGUUCGCCCUGACGGAGUGUGUGACAGCAGGCUUCUCCUCCUCCAUCGCACACGUCAACUGUUCAGGUGAGCACCUCACAGGUAAUGAACCAGCAGCAUGUAGCAUCAUGUUGCAUCAUUCUGAUUCCCGUUUCUCCCCAGAGUCCGUCAGGCUGGUGGGUGGAGUCAGUCGCUGUGCAGGGACGCUGGAGCUGAGGCGUGACGGCCAGUGGAGGGCGGUGGGGGACCCUCACUGGACAAUCGCCAAGGUCUCGGUGGCCUGCCAGCAGCUGGAUUGUGGCUCCGCCGUGUCCGUCGCCUGGAACCUGAAAUCCUCAGAACAGUCCGUCUGGGUCCUGAACCCCUCCUGCGUCCAGAACGGGACCGCCCUGAUGGAAUGUGUGACGGCAGGCUCCUCCUCCUCCAUCGUACACGUCAACUGUUCAGACUCUGUCAGGCUGGUGAAUGGAAUCAGUCUGUGCUCAGGCAGACUGGAGGUGAAGUCUGACCAGUCUAACCAGAGCUGGUCCUCAGUGUGUGAAGCUGACUUUGACCAGCAGGAUGCAGAGGUGGUCUGCAGGGAGCUUGGCUGUGGGGCUCCUUCAGUCCUCCAGGGGGCGCUCUAUGGAGAAGUGGAGGCUCCAAUGUUAACCAAAGAGUUCCAAUGUGGAGGAAAUGAGUCUGCUCUCCUGGACUGCAGAAGCUCAGGCUCAGAUAGAAACACCUGCUCACCUCGCAGAGCUGUUGGACUCACCUGCUCAGAGCCUGUCAGGUUGGUGGGGGGAGCCAGUCGCUGUGCAGGAGUCCUGGAGGUUAGCCAGAGAGGGGACUGGAGGCCGGUGGUGUACUUUGACGUUGAGAUGAGUGAUGCGUCAGUGCUCUGCAGACAGCUGGAAUGUGGCUCCGCCCUGUCUGCAGGAGAGAGGAAGAAUCUGGUCAUUAGGACCAUGUGGUGGAUCAGCUCUGACUGCAUCCAGGCUGGAGCCGUGCUCAGGGAGUGUUUGGCACCGUGGCCCUUUGAACGCAGUCUGGAGCUCACCUGCUCAAACCUGUUCCAGCCAAUCAUCUGUGUGUCCUCCUCUGUGGGCGGGGCCUCUGAGGAGGAAGAGUUUCAGGUGUCCAGAGGCUCCUCCUUCACCAUCAGCUGCUCCAUCCAGCCUCAGUACCCAGGAGGCUCCUUCCAGCUCUCCUUCACCUCCUCCACCUCAGCACACAACUACACCCAGCCAGCUGUCAAUCACUCUGCCCACUUCCUGUUUCCUGCUGCAGAGCCCGCCUACCAAGGAAGCUACAGCUGUGUUUAUCAUGUCCAUGUGUUUCCUCACAACUUCUCCUCUGAGAGCCGUCAGCUCACUGUCUCCGUCUCAGACCCGACGGUGUUUAUCAUCAGAGCGCUGGUGCUGCCGCUGACUGUGCUGCUGGCCAACAGCGCCCUCUACUGCUACUGUAAGGCCACCAGGGGGCAGAGGCCGAGCCGACGGGGCCACAUGGAGCUGGAUUAUUAGAACCUGGGUGUUCCUGCAGCUCAGCCAGCAGAGUAACUCUUCUCACAUCAGACACAUGUUCCUUUAACCAAGAAGGCUUCUCUCUCUCAAAAUGAAGAGACCAAAUCAACAAGGGUCAACUCACCAUUGAAUCACACAUCAAUCACCUCUGCAAGAUCGCCUUUUUCCACCUUCAUAACAUGGCCAGACUCCGCCCCAUUCUCUUUGCUGAAAAGCUGGUCCACUCCUCCAUCUCCUCCAGACUGGAUUACUGUAAUGCAAGAGUCUGCAGAGACUUUAAUACAUCCAGAACUCUGCAGCUAGGAUCCUGAUGAGUCGCUCCCAUUCUCCACUCACUUCGCUGGCUCCCUGUUUACACCAGGAUCUAAUAUGAAGUUUCCCUUCUAACUCAUCAAUGCAUCUACAGAAAUGCCUCACAUCUCAAAAACUACUCACCCCACAAAACAAAACCUGUUCCUCCGCUCCACCCACUCGCUCCACCUCCACACUCCCAGAACAAGACUAUUUCUGUGCUGCUGCACUAGGGCUGGGCAACAUGGACCAAAAGUCAUAUCCCGAUAUAUUUAGGCUGUAUAUAGAUGAUGAUGUAUUUCCUGAUAUUUUUAUCACAAAGUGAGAGCAAAUGUUCAGUCAAAGCAAAAUAUGACAUGUCACAAGUAGUUUUAUUGAAACGGUUUAUUUAAGUGAACAUAAAUACUGUAUAACAACAGGAGUACCUUUUAAAAAAAUAUCAAAGCUCCAUAAAGUGCACAUUUAAAUAAACAAAUAUCUCAAACAAAAAUAGCAUAUGAAAUAAAAUAUGCCAAUCUUUUUCUAAAAUAAAUAUAUUUGUAUGAGAAAAGAAUAGCAAACAUUGCAAAAUAACUAAAUGUGACAAACCCUAGUAAGAGCAGCAUUUAUAUAUAAAGAAAGAAAAAAAUUGAACUAUAUCGAUAUAUGCAAUAUGGUCUAAUUCCAUAUCACAUUUAAAAAUAUAUAUCGAUAUAUCUUUAAGUGUAGCCCUAUGCUGCACCAAGACUGUGGAACGCUCCUCCUGACAACCUGAGGCACCACAGUCCAUAGACACUUUUAAAAAAGGACAAAAAACUUUUCUUUUAGUAAAACCUUUGGUUCCUCCUGUCCACAUGGUUUUAGAUUGUGUAUGUAUGUAUGUAUGUAUACAUUUGUAUACUUUGUCUUCUGUUUUGAGCUGUUUUAUCCUUUUUAAUCCUUUUUAUAUUAGACUGUUAUGAUUUUAACCUGUAGCACUUUGAGAUUUCCUUUAAUGUAAAGUGCAUGAUAAAUAAAAUUUAUUAUUAUUA